AUGACUGUGAUAAAAUCCCCAGUUAUGCAACAUGCAAAGAAGGUACACGGUUCGAAUACAUAUGACCCGAAGAUCACGACUGACAUGUUAGCAGAGGUCAGGAGGGAUCUCGUCAUGGCCACAUCGGUCAUGGCUGCACUCUCCAGCUUCAUGUUUGGGCUUGCCACCAAUUUACCCAUAGCCCUUGCGCCGGGUAUGGGCCUCAACGCCUAUUUUGCUUUCCACGUGGUCGGAUAUAACGGCUCCGGUAAAGUCCCAUAUGGCGUUGCUCUAACAGCAGUCUUUCUUGAGGGGCUCAUUUUUAUUUUCUUCGCACUUACAGGCCUGAGACAAUGGCUCGUCAAACUGAUUCCGUCGACUAUCAAGAUAGCUACAGGAGCUGGCAUUGGUCUAUUCCUUGCCGAGAUUGGUUUGUCAUAUGGCUCGGGAAUUGGGGCCAUUACUGGAGGUUGGAAUGCGACGCCUUUGACUAUUGCCGGGUGUCCUAUUGAGAUGAUUAUCCCCCAAACACAGAUGUGCGAUUCUGGGAUCAUGACAAGUCCAAAGAUGUGGACAGCUAUUUUCGUUGGAGGCAUAUUUGUUUACCUAAUGGCCUUUCGGGUCAAGUUCGCCUUUCUUGUGGGUAUUCUCCUGGUAUCGGUUGUCUCAUGGCCACGUGGAACUAGCGUAACCUACUUCCCUAAUACAACUGAAGGAGAUUCCCGUUUCGAUUUCUUCCGUCAGGUCACAUCUUUUCACCCAAUGAAGCACACAUUGAACGCCUUGGAUUGGGAAAUUGCUGAACACGGCACUCAAUUCGUCCUUACUCUAUUCACUUUCUUGUACAUGGACAUCAUUGACGCCACCGCAACGUUGUACUCUAUGGUUCGCUUUUGUGGAGUCGUGGACGAUAUAGAUGGAGACUUUCCUCGCUCGACGCUGACGUAUUGCUGCGAUGCAUUAAGUAUCUCCACCAGUGCUCUUUUUAGUUGUUUGCCUAUUACAGCCUUCAUAGAGAGUGGCGCUGGGAUUGCUGCUGGUGGCCGGACGGGAAUUACAGCCAUGGCAACUGGGGUAUUGUUUCUUAUUGCUGUCAUGUUUGGCCCUAUUUUUUCUUCUGUACCGCCUUGGGCGACUGGACCAACACUCAUACUUGUUGGUUGCUUGAUGGCGCGACAAAUGACGGAGAUCAACUGGCGUUACAUCGGCGAUACGCUUCCUUCUUUCGUCGUCAUUGCUUUUGUUCCUUUUUCAUCCAACGUCGCCUACGGAAUCAUCGCGCUUUCCAGUGGCAUGUUUCUCUACGCGACAAUCAACAUCCUAGUGACCCUCACAGUACGCAUGUCGGGUGGGACAUUGGAACCCGAGAACUACGACUUCAAGGAAUAUUGGACGUGGAAAGCUCCCCGAAGUAAGCCAUGGUAUAUCCGGAUGUUUCGGAACUCUGGUAAGUCUACGGAUGGUUUUCAUCCUCAGAAAUUCCCAAGUGUGUCAGAUUGUGAGAUGAUGAGAGCCGGAUCUUCAGAUGAGGGAAAGGAGGAACCGAGGGCCACGGUAUCUGUACCCCUGAAGACGUUUUCGAGGGUUACUCGAUGA